UCCGGGGCAAGCCAGCCACCUUGAUCUUGCUUCAGGCCGAAGGGGAGGAGCAUGCAGCUGCCGGGGACGCCUCCCCUCAGUGUGCCGUUGACGGACGUGGUCAUUUUAGAGAGUAUGGACAUACUCUUUAGAAUAAGAGGAGGCCUGGAUCUGGCAUUUCAGCUGGCCACAACUGAUGAUUCUUCAACAAAAGAGGCAUUAAAAUAUGUUUUCAGUGAUCUUUCAGCCAAACUGACUUCAGAUGUGCUGGUGUUCAGAAUCUGCCACAGCCCAGUGUAUCUGUGGCCAAAUAGUGGAACAUUCUCAGUUGCAACAGAGCUUUCAGAUGACUCUGCUUGUAAAGAGAUACUACGGUUUAUUCAAUUUGAGCAAGAAGAUGAGACUAAACGCAGGUUUUCAAAAAAGAAAGAUAAAAAAUCACAAGAAUUGCAGCCUAUAGUAAAUAUAGAUCUUAUGCUGGAAAUGACAACUUCAUUAGAGGCUCUUGCUCCAGUCAUUGAAAAGGAGAACAAAGGGCAUCACUACAUAAGCAUGACCUUGCCAAUUGAUGCUGUAGUCUCCGUGUCUCCAGAAGAAAUGUGGCGGAAUUUACGAAGUCUCCUGGUGAAUGCAAUUCAUGCUCAGCUAACUGAUAUGGAAAGGUGCAUUUUGAAACAUAUGAAAGGAACAUCUGUUGUGGUGCCUGAACAAUUUCAUUUCAUGUUACCAGGGAAAAAGCACCUUGUAACAGUCUCAUAUCCUACAGGCAUUUCUGAUAGUCAGCUGGAGACUUACAGGCAGGAAUUACAUGGACGGUUUAAUCUACCAUUUGACAGACCUUAUUUCCGAAGGUCUAAUGCCUAUCACUUUCCAGAUGAACCAUUCAAGGAUGGAUAUCUCAGAAACCCACAUGUACAUCUUAAUCCACCUGGCAUAGAGUCUGGUAUGGUCUAUUUGGUAUAUGGCACGUAUAGUUAUCAUCAUUACAUGCAGGACCAUAUUGAUGAUAACGGCUGGGGCUGCGCUUAUCGCUCUCUACAGACAAUAUGCUCAUGGUUCAAGCAUCAGGGAUACACGGAGAGAUCAGUACCGACACACAAGGAUAUCCAGCAGGCUCUAGUUGAUGUUGGAGACAAGCCACCAGGCUUUGUUGGAUCACGUCAGUGGAUUGGUUCUAUUGAAGUGCAGCUUGUACUGAGCCAACUGCUACGGAUAACGUCAAAAAUACUGUUUGUCAGCCAAGGAUCUGAGCUGGCUUCUCAGGGAAGAGAACUUGCUAAUCACUUCAAGACUGAGGGCACACCAGUGAUGAUUGGUGGUGGAGUCUUGGCUCACACAAUACUAGGGGUAGCGUGGAAUGAGAGCACAGGCCACAUAAAAUUUCUAAUCCUGGAUCCACAUUACACAGGGCAAGAGGAUCUGCAUAUUGUAUUAGAAAAGGGUUGGUGCGGAUGGAAGGGCCCAGAUUUCUGGAAUAAAGAUGCUUAUUAUAACCUGUGUCUACCUCAACGACCGAAAUCUAUUUGAACACCUAUUUAGAAGAUUGUGGUAACAGCUGUGUUAUGUCUUACCUAAAAUAUGUAUACAGUGUGAGAAAUCAUGCAUUUUUGCAAUGAUUUUUUACUUAAAAUUCCUUGUUGCUCAGAGCACCUACUGAAAUAGAAAUACAAUAUUUUAGAGUACAAAAUGAUUUAUUCAAAUAAAACCUGAUUAUUAAACAUGUCAUUUUGUAAUAGUUUCCCUGCUCUUAUAAUCUGACCCUAACAACACAAUCCUAUACAGUACUCAGAAGCAGGAUCUAGUCCCAAGUAAGUGUGUAUAGGAUUGCAGCCUAAGACUUCUCAAUAGAACAUUAUUGGGGGCAUGAUGUGACACUAUAAGGUAUUACUUCAGCGUUGCAGUGAAGUUCUGUGAUCCUUGCAGACUGAUGCAUGAGUUCAGAGUGUGUUAAUCAACAAGAUCGUGUUCAUUAUUAUGCUCUAAACACUGUGACCCUGUUCAGACAACACUUUGGGGAACAUGGUUAUGCUAAUGUCUCAUUGUGGUUACCACUAGCCACACCUAAUGCUGCUGCCACAUGAUCAUGGAACCACAGUCUGUUGUGGAGUUUGCCUAGCCACAUAUCUCCCUGCUAAUCUCUUCAGUCCUCCAACUGGUCCAUUCCGCAUCCCAGCAUCCUUUGUGGCACGCACCGCUCAGGGUAGCCAUUUCCUGGCUGAGGCUGGCAGUCGGUUGAGGCUGUGGCGCCUGAGGAUUAUGUAGCAACUGUGGUUGGGGGAAACGGCGUACACAUGGCACUCUAAGCCUUCAUGGUUAGCCCAAAAUGGUUAACCCAGCAUGGCUUAGCAUGCCAUCUGAACCAGUGAAUAAUGCCUAAAGGUAUUUCCAUAGUCCACAGCUAUGUUGAAGUAAAGUAGUUUUUAGAGCCUGAUAGCAAUGCUAAUUUUUAAUAUACCAUCCCCCUCCCUUCCUUGAGUGUGUGCAUGCAGAUGAAGUAUUUGAUAUUGUAGGAGGAGCAACAUAGUCACAUUAUUAAUGCUAAAUGUUACAUAGUUACUUGGGAGAAAGAUGAUAGAAAAACCCCAGUUCUUUUAUACAUAUUUAUUGUGUAAAUACAGGAUAUUUUUUUUAAAAAAGUAUCUUCUUCAAGAAGCAACCUACUCUCCUUCUCAGAAGGCAUUGUUCAAAGUAUUCGAUUUUCAGCUCAUGUGUCUCUGUAGAGUUCUAGUAGUUUAUAUAUUUCUUCUUAUGGGGAUUGGUUUUCCCAUGGCAUCAAAGACUUCGUAUCUAUUUAAAUGCAAAGAAAAUGUCUGAUUUUCAAACAUAAAGCCUGUAUUUGGAUUAAGCAUUCUAUUUGUAUAUAUCACCCAGUUUCAAUAUGACAUAACCCCAUCUUCAACAUCAGUUUUCAAGGGGUGAUUGCCCACCCGUUUCCUUCAUCAGCUUAGAAAUUCUUCUUUUCCCUCCCAUACAACCCCACUGCCCCAGGGAUUGUCACAGCAUGUUUUAUUGAUUUAAAAUAGGAAUGCACAAUCUUUGAUCCAGAAGCCUAAUCUAGCCUGUGGAGAUUCUGCAUCUGGCUCACAAGAUCUCCUUGGGCUCCUCCAGGAGGAGUGACUUUGCCUUGAAGCCCCACCCUUAGAGAAAACACCCAUGGCGGAAUUCCCACUGUUAGCUCUGAUCCCAGAUUAGAGGUAACAGUGAGGUGCAGGCCCUGGGAAGAGCAACCGUUCUUCCAGUACCAGCCAAGUGCAGUGCUCCCAUGGGGACAAUGCAUGUUGUGUGAAGCCAGGGACUUGGCCAGUACUGGGAGAAGCUGCUUCUCCCAGCACUGGCCAAGCCCUUUUCUCUUUUCUGAGGAAGGCAUGAAAAGCCAAAAUGAGAUGGAGGAAAUGAUUUCGGUGUACGGAGUCCUGCCCACUGUUGUCAUUUGGCCUGCAGAGGGCCUGGUGGGACAUAGUUCAGCACCCCCCACUUUAGCUCUGAACCCCGGUUAUUAUUAUUAUUAUUUAUAUAGCACCAUCAAUGUACAUGGUGCUGUAGAACAUUAGUCACUUAAGUAAGCACUGAAAGCAGGGUCCGAACAGAACAUUUAAACAACAGCAGCAACAAAUCAUUAAAAUCGUUAAAUUCAAUAAAUAAAAUUAAAGCUGUAAUCCUAUAAACACUGACCUGAGGUAAGUCCCAUUGAACUCAAUGGGACUUACUUCUCAAUAAACAUCUAUAGGAUUGCAGUGUGUGUCCGUAAAACUUCUAAAACUGAACACUAAAUUAAAAAUAACAGUGAUCAGCAGCAAACUUUUUAAAAGCAGUUAAUAUAUAACCCAGGUGAAAGUAAUGGGUGUGAUCAACUAUGGAAUACCAACAUAAGAGUACAAGAGUAUAAAUCUUACAGGGUUGUUUCUUUAAAAAAAUAUUGGACUGUGUUUUCAAAAUGUUGCCAAGGGAUGUAGCAGUUAACAUUCUAAGUAUAUGGGUUCAAGCAGCAGUUGCUGUUUAGUAAAAAGGUGCUCUGUCCAUUAUUAUACAAUAUUAUAUACCAUAUAUUUCUUCGAAGAAGGGAGACAGUCACAUUGGGGAGGGCAAUACUAAAUGGGUAUGGUUAAAGGUGAGAGGAUGGAAAUAGUAGACUGAGGCUGCAAUCCUGAACACUCUUUCUAGGGAUUACGUGGUACUAAAAUCAGUUAAUUUAACAGUAUAUGAACAAAAUAUUUUAUUUGCACUACUGUGAUUGGGGUAUCCUUCUCGUAUUGAGGUUAUAUCUAGUGCCUAACUAAACUGUAGACCUAUCAUACAACUGUAUUGCAAGAUACUGGGAAAUGUUGGCUUUACUGUGGCCGUUUAAUACACUUUUCCCAGACUGAAUUUGUAUCAGAUUAAAUGCUGUGCUUUAAAGAAGUUGCCUCUUAUUACGAUAAUCUUUUGUCUAGUGGAAGAUAAGCAUCAUACCAUUUGAUCUCACUCUCUUCUUGCUUAUGGGUCUCUUGCUUUCACAUGCUCGUUUCUGUCUUCUUGCUGCAUCUCCAAGCAUGCAAUCAUCAUUGUCAUGCAGGGAAUAAUUAAUCUGUGUUACUGUUUUUCUGGUUCGCAUGUGUUUCACUGACAUGAGGAACUGGGCACACUCCAAAAAUCCAAAAGCCGAUGCGAGGUCUUCUGCUGUUUGACCAUUCUUAUUGCGCAAGCUGAGAUAAAUAAUUAAAACAAAAUCAAUACA